AUUUGUUCAUACGUCUAGUAUCCAGAAUUGUCAAAAAACCUUUUGUCAUUUGUCAAAAUCCAUACUAACCUCAUUUUUUGCUACCUUAUUUAUUUAAAAAUGUUAAAAACAGUUGCACACCGGCCUUGUUUUGCCUUGACUCGGCACCUAAAAAUUUUGCGUCGUCUUUCCACUGCAGCCCCUGAACCCAAUGGCCAGACUCUCCAGAAAUACGAAACAGCGCGAAAAAACAUAACCGACCUUCGCCGCAUCUACCCCGAGUUUCUCCCAGACCCCAACAUCGAAUUCAGAAACACAAUCCGGGAGAAACUUGAACGCAGUGAUAUGAUUGCUAGACGCGCGAAUAUCGAGAUUCCCGAAUUUUACGUAGGUUCUAUUCUCGCUGUGACAUCAUCGGACCCUCACACGCCUGGCAAGUUUAACCGAUUUGUGGGAAUUUGCAUCAAACGGGAGGGUUGUGGCUUGAGGGCCAACUUUAUCCUUAGAAACGUUAUAGACCAUCAAGGGAUUGAGAUUUUGUACGAAAUGUAUGAUCCUACGAUUAAGAGUAUUGAGGUUUUGAGGCUUGAGAAACGACUAGAUGGGGAACUGUUGUAUUUGAGGGACGCAUUGCCUGAAUACAGCACUUUUGAUCCAAAUAUGGAGAUGGAAAUUUUGCCGGAAGGGGCCCCAGUCCCGGUCAACGAUAUUAAAGUUAAGUUGAAGCCACGGCCGUGGGUGGACCGCUGGGAGAGAAAACAUUUAAAAGGGGUGCAGGAUUUGGAGCUGCCACAGCGGUUUUACGACAAAGCGAAGAAGGUGGAUACUCCAUGGGAGAGAUAUGAUUUAAUGAAACAAUACAUGAGGACGAUUCCAGAAGAAGAGCAACAUGAAAUUUUUUCAGAGUUGCAAACCCACUUGCAUAAAUCUGGUGUUACUCAGAAGGUAAAGAGGAAGAGGACUUUUGUAAAACCAACAAAAUUAGCAUAAAUUUGUUUAUUAAGUCAGAAAAGCCAUUUUAUAGCAACAAAUUAUAUACAAUACAAACAAAUAACAUUCAUGUGCUAAGUA